AUGGGGUUUUCUGGCUCGACGUUCUUUGAAACUCGGGACGCGAAAUACCUGAUAAAAUCAGUUCCGCGGCAUUCGGAACACUCAUUCUUCAAGAAUGACUUACUGGAACCGUAUGAAGCGCACAUGGCGUCCCACCACGACUCUCUCUUAGUGAGAGUUUUCGACUUCCUUGGAGCAGUUGGUCCGUCGAUCGGUCGGUUCCUCAGGCUUGCCCCCUCGCAUCACAUCGUAAUGGAGAAUAUCCUUUGCGGGAAAGGGGAAAAUGACCAUGAUGACGAGGUUGAAUGGAAAACCUGGGACUUGAAGCCAACCUCUUACUUCUACCCAGAGAGGGACAUCGCCGAUGGCCGUUUGACGAGCGAGGCCACCAAGGAUCAGCUCGCGGAUACCUUCAACGGCAAGAUUAUCCUCACGAAAAACGAGGUCCAGGAUUUCUUCUCCAGCCUCAACGCGGACACGGAAUUCCUCGCGCGCCACAACGCCGUAGACUACUCCCUCUUCCUAGUUCGCACCACCUACAACAAUGGGGCCCCCGCCUAG